UUGAUAUUUCUGUUGCACGCGUUCCCGAAUAAAACUAGGGUUUGUGGUUCCUCUGAAGCCACGACGACUGCUUCCUUCUCACCAAAGUAUCAUUCUCAAUUGAACUCUUUUUUGCCUUCUCUUUCUCCCUUACCACCAACCCUUCUUCUUUCGUCGAUUGCUGCUACUUUUCUACAUCGUCGCGUGCAUCAGAACGAAGAGAAAUUUGAUCUCGAUAGUAUUUUUGGUGCAAGGGACCAAUCGAGGUUUUCUAGAUCAGUAGUUCUGUCGAUCUGAUACUUUUGUUUUGUUUUUUUUUUAAUUUGGGCUGGGAAGAUCGGGGUUUGUUACCUGAAUUAUGCGAACAUCAUGGGCUGAUGCAGUCGCGAACGCCGAUAGCUCGGCGGCCGUGACCAGUGCUUCCCCUAGCAACGUUGCCACCGUCGCUCCUUCCCCCUCACGUGGUGGUCGUGCUGCCUACGUUCCUCCCCAUCUUCGCAGCCGUCAGCAGUCUUCUGAGUCCUCUGCUGCCACAGCAGCGCCAGCUAUUUCGGACGCUCCACUCACCAGGCAACCUCCCCCUUUUGUUGCCCCACCUGCAGGUGGAAGCCGCUGGGGCAGUGGCCCUAUUCGUGACCCAAGUCGCCCUAGUGCGAGGGGUGGAAGUGGCGGCUGGAACACCAGAGGUGGUGGGUGGGAUAGGAGGGAGCGUGAAGCAAACCCUUUUGCCAAAGAUGAUGAUACGAGUGAGGCUGCAUGUGAUAGCCAAGAGAAUUCAGGGAUUAAUUUUGAUGCUUACGAAGACAUUCCUGUAGAUACCAGCGGGGAGAAUGUACCCCCACCAGUUAACACAUUUGCUGAGAUUGAUUUGGGAGAUGCACUGAAUGAGAAUAUUAGGCGAUGCAAGUAUGUGAAGCCAACCCCUGUCCAACGCCAUGCAAUACCUAUUUCACUUGCAGGACGGGACCUUAUGGCCUGUGCUCAGACAGGAUCAGGAAAGACAGCAGCUUUCUGCUUUCCUAUCAUUAGUGCAAUCCUGAGGCAACCGCCAGGACAGAGACAAAGAGGAUCAAGGACGGCUUUCCCACUUGCUUUGAUUUUAUCCCCUACCCGUGAGCUAUCUGUUCAAAUACAUGAGGAGGCCAGGAAAUUUGCUUUCCAGACAGGCGUUAGGGUAGUAGUUGCCUAUGGUGGAGCUCCUAUCAAUCAACAGUUGCGAGACUUAGAAAGGGGUGUUGAUAUUCUUGUUGCAACUCCUGGUCGUCUGGUAGAUUUGUUGGAGAGAGCCAGGGUUUCACUACAACACAUUAGAUAUCUGGCCCUAGAUGAGGCUGAUAGGAUGUUGGAUAUGGGCUUUGAGCCGCAGAUUCGGAGAAUUGUUGAACAGAUGGACAUGCCUCCACGAGGUCAAAGGCAAACUAUGUUAUUCAGUGCUACAUUCCCAAAGGAGAUACAGAGGCUGGCUUCUGAUUUCCUUUAUAACUAUAUAUUCCUUGCGGUUGGAAGAGUUGGGUCAAGUACUGAUUUGAUUGUUCAGAGAGUGGAAUUUGUACUUGAUUCAGACAAAAGAAGCCACCUGAUGGAUCUUCUUCAUGCCCAAAGAGAUAGUGGCGCUCAUGGGAAACAAGCUCUGACAUUGGUCUUUGUGGAGACGAAAAGAGGUGCUGAUUCAUUAGAACACUGGUUGUCUAUGAAUGGGUUUCCAGCAACCACGAUUCACGGAGAUAGGACUCAGCAGGAGAGGGAGGCUGCGCUGCGAUCUUUCAAGAGCGGCGCUACGCCAAUUCUUGUUGCAACUGAUGUUGCAGCACGCGGGUUGGACAUUCCCCACGUGGCGCACGUCGUUAAUUUUGACCUCCCCAACGAUAUUGAUGACUACGUGCACCGCAUUGGAAGGACAGGCAGGGCGGGGAAGUCGGGCCUUGCUACAGCAUUCUUCAACGAUAGUAAUGCAUCCUUGGCAAGGUCUUUAGCUGAGUUGAUGCAAGAAUCAAACCAGGAGGUACCACAAUGGCUCUCUCACUAUGCUGCAGCGCGUUCUUACAGCAGUGGAGGUGGUGGCGGUGGCAGAAACCGGCGAUCCGGUGGGGCCCGCUUCGGUGGUCGUGACUUUAGGAGAGAUUCAUCGUACAAUCGAGGUGGUGGAGAUUAUUACAACGGAGGUAGUGGAUAUGGAGGGGGGUCGACAGGGGCCUCUUCAGCUGGUCCAGGAGUCACAAGUGCCUGGGACUAACUAGCAUUCUCCAGGAGUUGACUCAUCCUCCAUUUCUCCUCUCGUCGAGGAAUAUAAUUUUUCUUUUCAGAUUUUGUUGGAUCUAUUUAGGAGUAAUUUUAGUGGCUGUGUUGUAUUUUAUCUUCCUAUUGGAUGGCUGGAAAACUCGGGAUGGUCUGAUAGAGAAAAAUGUUUCCCGGCUGCCCCAUUAACAAAACUCGGGCCUUUGAAUUUUCAGGGUCAUCAUCUGUGUUUGUAAAUUCCUGGAACCAUUAAUAAAUGCAGAGCCAGGCAAUCUGAACA